GCGCCGACGGCGUCUGUUACCCAACAAAUACAACAAGAGAUUUGUGCGGCCCGCGGACCGAAAAACCGCGCAAACACUGUAAACACUCGGCUCAAGCGCUAAGUAGUGUGGGAUGAAAGCAAGUGCGUAAAGAUCGACGAAGGAGCUUCCGAGAACAGCAAAGGAUUUCGUCCCCACAAGCCUGCGCCAUGCCCGUCACGCCGUUGACCGAAGUCCCAGUGCGUGUGAAAGUGCAGCAAAGUUGCGCGUCAUGACCGUCAGUUGUGUAGUAGUGAGCGUCCAGCGACAGCAUGUCCCAUAGCGAUUAGUAGUCGCCACCAGUGAGACGGGCGCGUAGGAGAGACUGGAUAGGAAACCGGUGAUCUAAAAUGGCGCUGUGCGAUGUUCGCAGCGUGCUUUGAUACGGGUGGCGGGAGCUGAUCAGUUCCCUGGGGCCGCGCUCGGCGGAGCGACUGAUGUGCUGCCGCUGCUAUGGCUGAACCGAGGCGCGUCAAGCUCGAGACAGCCCACCAAGCACCAGCCAAGCAAAAACGUGCCGAGGUGUGCCCGACAAGGCGGUUUCAGCUCUCGCUACUGUCGAGUGGCCAAGAAGCGGACUCGUGCCCGGAGUACUCCUACAGUGACCUGUUGAAAUCCACACGGCCUCCCGAUGCGGACAAAGAUGACCCCUUCGGAGACAAUGAUGACGACAACGUGCGGGAGAUUGCGCGGAAGUUCGAGGAAAAAUAUGGAUCAAAACACGGGAAGAAGAGGCGCAAGGGUAGGAUUGCCUGGGAAGACUACGUUGACCGAGGAAUGGGCUAUGACGAGACGGACCCUUUUAUUGAUAACGGAGAAGCGUACGACGAGCUGGUGCCAUCGACGUUGACAACAAAGCACGGCGGCUUCUACAUCAACACAGGAGAGCUGGAGUUCCGGACACCCUCCGGCUCCGAUUCCGAAGACUUUCAGGGGGAGGCCCGGUCACGGCAGGUCAAGAGGGGUCCUCGCGAGGGAGGUGCCCGGCGGGGACCCAAGCCUCGCGGUCCACGGCCAAAGCACCUUCGCGAUUCGCUCGCCACCGCAAACAGCGGCAUUGCCGAGGCCAUUGAAUCCGUGGUUCGCGGUGGUGGUGCUGCCGUGGUCGUCGAAGAGGUAGUGAGUGGUGGUGGUAGCAGCAGCAGCAGUGGCGGUGCGAGUACCGGCGACGACCCCGUCGGACCAAUCUCGUCUGACGUCCAGUGUCCGCGCCUUCCCGACAACCUCCCUGUUGAACUGGAAAAUGAGGUGCGGCGUCUGAAACGUGCCGCAGCCUUGCGCUCGACCGAGGGCAAGUGCAAGUUCUUCCGGGGCCAUGUGAAUCAGCUGCUACUGAGUGUGGAACUGAGGGCGCGUGAGCUGGGGCCCGGGCAGCGGCAGCUGGUGUAUGCGCACCUGGCCAACUUUCUGCCCUGCACCAAGGAGACACUGCUGAAGCGAGCCAAGAAGCUACGCCUCGACCAAGAAGACGGGAGGCUGGGUGAGCCACUGCGGAGACUGAAGGAGGCCCUGGAUGCUGGGGAGGGCCUCGGUGACGGCCGCCUGCGCGAGGCUUUGUGUGAGGUUGUGCGAAUAAAACUGCGCUGCUACGAGCUGUCCAAGAUACGCACCCAGUCAGCGGAAGAGUACCUGCGCCGUUUUCUGGACGCGGAAGUGUGCCCACUGUGGCCUGCGAACAGUCCCGUGACUGCCAAGACCCUCUUCCGUGAGAGCCGGCAGGUCCACGGCCAUCUCACGUUAAAACCUCGCAAGCCAUCACUCCUUCCUGGCUCAGCUCUCCGCAAGAUGUCUAGCCACAUUGACACCGGCAGAGAAAGCCCCGGUAGACCGCCUACGCCACUGACCAUUUCCUCAUCACCAUCGGCAUCAGCUGCUCCCACAUCCCUUGCAUCAGCACUCACGCCUGCCUCUACACCAGUCUCUACCACGCCUGCCCCACCACCUCCAUCCUCCACACCCACACCUACACCACCAGUAGUGUCGUCUCCAGCACCCACAGCUACCUCUGUCCCCACUUCGGUCAUCCUGCAGUCACCGGGAAGGCCUCCAUCAGCAGAUGCACGGCCACCUCACAGCAGUCCCCCAAAGCCUUUCCUGGCUUCGCAGAUGCUUGACCGUAUAAUUACUGCCAGCCUGGGCAACUUCCCCAGCUCAGGAGGUGAAGCGAGCGUCCCGACGACCAGCUCUCGCCACCUGGACGGCAGCGGUUCCAAGCUUGAAGCAGGAAGUUGCCAGCCCAAGGUCCAGCACCCACACCUACCCCGUACAGUAACAUCAAGCACAUCCCUGCGGCUGACUCCUUCGUAUGGCUUCAUGGAGGCCUUCAAGCGCACCUUGGAGCAAGGGGAGCCACCGAGCAAUGCAGGGGGCCCCCCUUACUACAAGCCAGACAUCCUAGAAGGCAUGAAGGGCUUCCCUUACCCCGUGGGCUACUUGCCCAGGACGUCAGCGGCAACUCCACCUUCGGAGCGGCCACGCCCACACCUCAGUGUUGCCCAGCAGCCACAGCCACAGCACUGGCGCCAGCGGCCAUCCUACCCGUCCCCCUCGGCCAGCUACCCGCCACCACCGCGACCUUACCCUUUUCCGUCCCAAAGCCAACACGGGUCCAAGGGCGCCAGUCAGGGCCAAGGUCACGUAUCAUGAGAAGCUGCUGGAGCAAGCGGCAUGUACAUGGCAUCAAUUACAGAGAACAAGCUUCACAACGUCACGGGCAGCAUCUAGCACCUCAAGAGAAGCCUCCUGUGUCCAACCUCUGCUGGGAGGUUUUGCAAACUGUGAUGGAAUCUUCCAGCAUGCCUUUGCAGUUCCUUAGAAACUCUGUAAAUGUAUCGUGCAAGAAACAAUGCCUUCUGUGCACCAUAGUUACUGCUUCUGCGCGUGGGACACAUCUAGGUCCUCUAGGCCGGCCACAUACAGGCCUGUAGACUGUUGUGGAGUUUUACAAGAAUUUUUAAUGUUUUCUCGCAUUGUGGAAAGCAAAACCCCGUGUAGAGUUUCUUCGAAAACAGGUUCAAAGAUUUCACAGCAAAUCAUGCCUGCUUCAGUGCUUCAGAUAUUUAAACUACUGUGCAGAGCAACGAUGCAGGAAAGGGAGGAGGAGGGGCACACGUGUUGCGUGCCAUGUCUAGUGUCUUGUUAAGCACCUGAAAAGGUCCGCUUAGUGUUUUUGUAUUUGAUUGCAGCCACUUUUGUUUUUCAUUAUUGUGCAGAAGCUAAAAGGAGCAUGAUGAAUUGUAUAGAACUAUGUCAAACAUUUAUGCGCUUUCAUAGCACCUCAUCUGUUGUGGAAAUAAUGUUGCAAGAUUUGUUUUAUAAAGUAUACAGUGUAAAAUAAAAAUGACAGAAUGUGAA